GUGUGUGGCGGGAGCAGCGCGACGCGCCGCGUGCUUUGUUAACUUCCCCUACAUUUGCAUAGAUAAGGACUUUGGAAAGACGGCACACAUGUCGAAAUUUCCUUUGACUUCGCUGAAGGCUUUUAUUUUUAAGCAUCCUCUACUUUUUUGAUGGGACAAAUGUAAUUUUCACAAAGCGUUACUUAUAUACAGCCGCCCCGUUUUUUGUUUUUGUGAAACUGGAUUAUUUUGUCAGCAUGAUGAACCAGCGCGCGAUUCUGGUCUUUUCACUUCUUCUUCUUGUCCUCUGCUCAGGAAUGGGUGGAGCCUCAUCAGAGCUGGCUUUCCUCACCGAGCCCAGCGAUGUGAUAGCGGUGCGGGAUCGUCCCCUGAUGCUGGACUGCCAGGUAGAGGGGGAAGGGCCCAUCUCAAUCACAUGGCGCCGAAAUGGAGUUCCGGUGCCAGUCGGUCAGAAGGCAGCCGUGUUGGCCAAUGGGACCCUGCUGAUCCGGAACUUUCAGAAGCGAAGGGAGAGCAAUGAGACUGACGCAGGGGAAUACGACUGUGCGGCACAGAACCGUUACGGCAUGUUGGUCAGCCGGAAGGCCCGGGUGCAACUAGCAUCUCUCCCCAAAUUCCAUACGCAUCCUGAGUCGAUGACCGUGGACACAGGGGGUGUGGCUCGCUUCCGCUGCCAGGUGAACGGGAUCCCAGAAGCCAGUAUCAUCUGGGAGAGGAACAGGACUGCUCUCAGCACUCAGGACCACAGGUACACCUUGCUCCCGUCUGGAAUCCUUCAGAUCACAGGAGUGAGACAUGAGGAUAGUGGGAUGUACCGUUGCGUGGCGUCCAACAUCGCCAACACUCGAUACAGCCAUGAGGCCCAGCUUGACGUCACAGUGACGGCACCUCGGCUUUACAAGGAACCGGUUAUCUUGUCGGGUCCCCAGAACCUCACCUUAACCGUCCACCAGACGGCAAUUCUGGAGUGCAUUGCAACAGGGAACCCGCGACCCAUUGUCUCCUGGAGUCGCCUGGAUGGGCGCUCCAUCGGCGUGGAAGGCAUUCAGGUGCUGGGCACGGGCAACCUGAUGAUCUCUGACGUAUCGCUGCAGCACUCGGGCGUAUACGUGUGCUCUGCCAACCGUCCUGGGACCAGGAUGAGGCGUACUGCCCUGGGCAGACUGGUUGUGCAAGCUCCGCCCGAGUUUCUGCAGUGGCCGCAGUCCGUUUCCAAGCCAGCAGGGGGCAGUGCUGUGUUCACCUGCCUGGCUCAGGGGGUCCCAGAACCUCACCUGAUCUGGCUGAAGAAUGGAAAGAUCCUGAGCCCAAAAGACAACGUCAAGCUCACCAACAACAACAGCACGCUGGCAGUGACGCGCAUCACCUCGGAGGAUGAGGCCAUUUACCAGUGCAUCGCCGAAAACAGCGCAGGCACCAAUCAGGCCAGUGCGCGUCUAGCUGUGUCCCCGGCGACCGAGCUGCCCGAAGCGCCGCGGGACCUCCGGGCAACCGCUCUGUCCGGCACCACGCUGCAGCUCACCUGGGCGCAGCCUCCCGCCGAGGUCACUGAUGGCAUCAUCGGCUACGUGCUACACAUCCGCAAGCUGGGAGAGCCAGACAGCAGCGAGCUACAGGAAGCCGUCAGCAAGACCACCUUCCAGCACGAUUUCAACAACCUCGAAGCUGGCACCACCUACGCCAUCUACCUGAAGGCCUAUUCGCCGCUGGGAGCGAGCCAGCAGUCAAGCACGGUCGUCGCCACAACGCUGGGCGCAGUUCCCACCGCCCCCGCGUUCUUCACCAAGGUGUUGAACGGCACAGCGAUGCAGGUCUUCUGGGAGCUGCCUAACAAGCCAGGGAAGGUGGAGGGCUUCAGGCUGUCAUACCGCAGGGUCCCAGAGCCCGACUUCCAAGGGCCUCAUCUGAUGCCCAGCCAUAUCAACACUCACAUUAUCUCCCACCUAGAGCCUGCAGCCAUAUAUGAAAUUAAACUGGUGGCCUACAAUGGUAAUGGGGACAGCAGUGACUCCAAGCAACUGGUUUCCAUGAGUGGGGACAUGAGUAGCACCAAGACCAGUGCAGGUGGCGAGAGGCUGUGCAACUGCAGGCAGGAGGGAGAGGGGUCCAUGGCAGGCAUUGUGGUGGGCAUCCACAUCGGCAUAGCCUGCAUCAUCUUCUGCGUCCUCUUCCUCAUGUUUGGGUACCGCCGCAGUCUGUUCUGCAGGAAAUUAACCCAGGACAGCUGGUCUGUGCCUCAGGGCAGUGAGCAGGGGCAUCGGGGGCAGAGGAACGGAGCUCCCAAAGAGGUUACACAGGCCCCAGAAGUCAUAGAGCUUGUGACUCAGAGACGGGAUGAGCAGUGCCAGUCUCCCCCCGCCCAGUGCCAGGUCCUCAUCGAGCAGCACCUGUCCAGCCAACCUGGCACGGGCACUGGCUAGUCCACCCCCGCAUCGGCACGCUGCACCCCCCCACGGAACAGCUUCUCUCCACAUCCCCACUCUGCCACUGCCUUACACCUUCCAGCAGCCCCCGGGGCCUCUCUUAAAGCACACGGUCACAAACACACAACGUUAUUAUUCUCUUGCAAGUCAUUUGGUCAAGUUAUCAAGGUUUUACCUCCACGUGAGAAGUGCUUGCUGCCUUCAGCCUAAACCAAAGCUAAUAUACCUAAGUAGGUGUAUAAAUGCCGAAAAUUAACUUGAGGGGACGGUUCCAUAUUUUACAUUUUUAUCUAAUUUUCCGGUGUUUGUUACUCCUUCCUGUUAUGUGGAAAAACAGACUUGGAACCUCCUCGUUUUUCACACCAGGCGUUGUGUUCAUAUGAAGAUAAUAUUACCAAAGUGUCCACUGAAACCAAAACUUAUACUCCCGAUGGCUGGUUUGGUAAUAUAUCUGCUCCUGGUAGCACAGAUUCUUUAAUUCGUGGCUCACUGGAAGACAUAAUGGGAAGGAACAGAA